UAGUCUCAGAGCCGGAAGUGAUUCGAGACCGCGGCGGCGUUAAAGCUGAGCGCGGGGGUGGGGUGUCAUCGGAGACGGCCAGCUUCUCCAUUCAGGCUCCAGCCUGAGCUAGGAGAAGACCCCCCAGAAUUCUGGUGGCCUAUGGAAGGGAACUAAGUCGGAUCACGAAGUAUCCCGCGCAGAUCUAACGAUCAGAGCCACUGCAGGCCGCCGGAACCCCGCCCCCAGGAGGAGGCCGGAAGCCUCACCUAGAUCAAAGCACACAAAGGGACCUCCCCGGGGUGGAGCCCGCUGGUCAUGGCCGCCCCCCCGGGGGUCGGUCCUGCAACUCUGCGCUUCGCAGCCGCAGCCGCCUGGCAAGUCGUGCGAGGACGCUACGUGGAGCACUUCCCGCGAGUACUGGAGUUUCUGCAAUCCUUGCGCGCUGCCGCCCCUGGCUUGGUGCGCUACCGGCACCAUGAACGUGUGUGCAUGGGCCUAAAGGCCAAGGUGGUGGUGGAGAUGAUCCUGCAGGGCCAGCCUUGGGUCCAGGUCCUGAAUGCUCUGAAUCACCACUUCCCAGAAUCUGGACCUGUGGUACGGGACCCCAAAGCUACAAAGCAAGAUCUGAGGAAGAUUUUGGAGGCACAGGAAACCUUUUGUCAGCAAGUGAAGGAGUUGUCGGAGGCUCCUGUGGAUUUGGCCUCAAAGCUACUGCAGGAACUUGAACAAGAAUAUGGAGAACCCUUUCUGGCUGCCAUGGAAAAGCUGUUUUUUGAAUAUUUGUGUCAGCUGGAAAAAGCACUGCCUACACCGCAGACAGAGCAGCUUCAAGAUGUGCUGAGUUGGAUGCAGCCUGGCGUUUCUAUCACCUCUUCUCUUGCCGUGAGCCAGUAUGGUGUGGACAUGGGGUGGCCACUUCCAGAGUGUUCUGUUACCGAUUCAGUGAACCUCACAGAGCCCAUGCAACAGGCUGCUCCUCAGCAACCAAGACUAGCACUUCACAGUCCUCUGCCAAAAGCCAAGCCUGGCCCAUACCUUCCUCAGGGACCAGCUUCAAAGAAUCACCCAGAACCUUUAGCUGGCCACCACUUCAACCUGGCCCCUCUAGGCCAGCGAAGAGUCCAGUCCCAGUGGGCACCUGCUAGGGGAGGCCAUAAGGAGCGCCCCACGGUCAUGCUGUUCCCCUUUAGGAAUCUGGGCUCACCAACCCAGGUCAUAUCUAAGCCUGAAAACAGAGAACAUGGGAUGUGCACAGCAGAUCCAGCAGAUGCUGUGUGCACAAGAGCAGCCUCCGCUGGGAAGUCUAAGAAUCCAUGCCAGACUCUGGAGGGAACGGCUCUGAAGGAGAACCCAGUUGACUUGUCUGCCUCAGAGCAGAAAGAGAAUUGCCUGGAUUGCUCCACGGACUCCCUGAGACUAUUAUCACCUCCUAGGGCCAGGAAGCCAGUGUAUUCGCCAUCUCUGUGCAGCUCCGUCAUUACCAUAGGGGACUUGGUUUUAGACUCUGAUGAGGAAGAAGAUGGCCAGAGGGAUGGAAAGGAUCCUCCUUCCAUGCCCUAACUCCUUACCAAAAGCCUUGGCCACAUCCCCAGGACAGCUGCAGCCUCCAUCCUGCAAAGUAAGGAGCACUUCAGACAGACAGCAUGGAUUUUCCAAGCCCUCUCAGUGAUGUCCCAAUGGCCCACCUCAAAGCUGACAAGAACCUAGGAGUCCUGGUCCAUACCUACCGGAGCCUCCAUACCCUGCAGAAAACCCAGCUGUUUGGCAGCCUCAGACCCUACCCUGCCCUUGGGCCUUACUGAAAUGAUGUGGCCUUUGAGGCCAUGAGCAGCAUCAGCACACUCCAUCACUGCACUGAGCUGUGGAUACCCCACUCCAGUUUUCUUCCGAGUGGUACACACAGAGCCUAGGAAGAACAUGACAAGGGUGAGAGUGAAGUGCUCCACAGAUGUUUGCUACCAAAGGACUAGCCAACGGCCUCAAUGAACCAACUUACCUGGCCCAAUUCCCACCUUGAUGAUGUCAGCCCCAGAGAGGAUUAGCUCUUCCACCAUCUCUCCUGUUACCACAUUCCCUGCCUGAGACAGAGCAAUGGAAAUAGAGCAUCCUUAGGGUCAGAAACACAGAGGAGAUAGCAGGCUCUCAUAUAGAGUAUGCCUGGACCAAUGACUUUCCAACUUUAUUACAAAGAAAAUGUGCCUUGGUUCCCUCUA